GUAGAGAGAGAAAGAGGCCGGAGGAAAGCAAGGGAAAGUUCACAAAUAAAGGAGUGAAGCAAAAGGAAGGGGAAAACAAAACAAAGCCCGGAUUCCUCUCCGAACAGGCCCUAUGCUCUUUCUUCAUCUUCCUAUCCCCCCCCCCCCUCUCUCUCCUCUCCUCUUCUCCUGUUUGUUAUUAUUGUUGUUGUUCGCUCUUCUCUCCCAAGAAGAUAUGUCCCAUCCUCCCUCAAGAAAUUGAGAUACUGACCCCUUUAAGAUUGACCUGAGAUUUCCACACAGAGAGUGCAAGGAGAGAGAGAGCCUGACAAGGAAGAGUAGCAUUUGUUGCAGCACAAGAACUCAUCUCUCUCCGUCCUCCUUCUCUCAGUAGCAGUGAUAUAAACAUAGGAGAAUUCCAGACCUCCCUUGUUCUGUAGAUGAUCUGGAGUGGUACUGGCAGUAGCAGCAAUACUAUCAGCAGCAGCAAUAUCAUGAGCAGCUUGAAGACUUGCCAUGAGGAUCAAGAGGCCUCUCCUAACCUGCCCUCCUUGUCUUCUCCAUCAGUGCUCUUCUCCCAGAAGUUUCCCCACACCUGUUCCGGCCUAGUUCAUAUGAACACCACGGGUUCUGUUCCAAGUCUGCACGACGGCAGCGGCCAGGAGAACAACAUGGCAGAAUCAUGGAGCCAGCUGCUUCUAGGGGGAUUAGUUGGAGAUCAUCAGCGAUUCAGCGCCACCAAAGCUCUCCUGUCAAAUGGACUAGAGAAUUGGGGGGAUCAGGCUGCAACAGCAAGUGCAUGCAUGGUCGGCAUGAAGGAGGAGGGCUCCAGCAUGCCACAAGCUGCUUACAACUUCUAUGGGAACCACCUUGCUGGUGACCAUGAGAUGCCGGCAGGAGGGGCCAAGUCUCAGCUGAGCCAGAUGCUCCUGGCCUCCUCUCCCAGGUCAUGCAUCACCACCAACCUCGGCAGCAACAUGCUCGACUUCUCGAACAGCGUGCCUCCCGAGCUGAGGAGCCACCACCAUUCCGAUAACUCCUCUGAGUGCAACAGCACUGCAACAGGUUCAGCUAUCAAGAAGGCUAGGGUUCAGGCCUCCUCUUCGGCACAAUCUACUCUAAAGGUGAGGAAGGAGAGGCUGGGGGAUAGAGUAACUGCACUUCACCAGAUCGUUUCCCCGUUCGGCAAGACUGACACGGCGUCUGUACUGCAAGAGACCAUUGGCUAUAUCAGAUUCCUCCUGGGUCAAAUUGAGGCUCUCAGCUAUCCUUACAUCGGCCACGGCAAUGGGACUUCCAUGCAAAAUGGGCCAAUGGGACAAAGGAACCCUGGACUCUUCCCAGAAUACCCAGGCCAGUUGCUAAACCAUAAUAACAACACUGGAGCACAGCAUUCUGCAGGCCAGCCAGAUGAGCAGCAGGGUGUGAAUGAAGAGGCCAAGAAGGACCUGAGGAGCCGGGGCCUGUGCCUCGUCCCGGUGUCGUGCAUGUCGCACUUCGGAGGGGACAACGCGGCUGACUACUGGGCCCCAGCGGCGCUCGGUGGGAUCCUCCGCUAGUGCAUUUGACGCAUGCAUGGCCUAGACGGCGAGCUGUUUCUUGCAAGUAUAUGUUCAUGAGGCUACAGGUAGAGCUCUCUAAGAAACACAACGUUGCAUGGGUGAUGGAGAACAUAACAUCAUGAGCAGUCAUUCUGGGAAGGAAGAAGCCACCUGUUAGGCUGAUAUCUCUUGAUGCUAUGCGAGCAGCAUAACCUUUUGGGGGCGAAAGCUUCGUUUGUAUCUGCAAAGAAGGUGUCAGGAAGGAGAUCUAAUUCUUCUCGGGUCCCUUGCAAAUUUAUGGCUUGGAUCAUGUAUAUGUAAAAUCUAGCAAGUUAGUGAACUUCACUCAUACUGUGCAUGCUCGUACAAGUUGAUCAGGAGCAAGUCACUAUGUGAAAAACAGACAAAU